CUCCUAGAAAACAACGCCGGACUCAAUAAGUUAGCAACCUGCGGGGUGGUGCACUUCGCUCCACCGUUUGUCUUUUAAAAAUAUCCGUUUUAACUCACUUUUACAACCUGCGAUAACUGAACAAGAGCGACAAGUGACGCUGAGGUGGACCACCUGAUCCAGGGAGAGGGAUUUAUUUUCCUUCUGCAUUCCUGAUGGAGUCCUACAGAGUGACUGGCAUUCCUAACAGUGGACCACAGCGGGGCCACACUCAGCCAUCCCGCCCCUCCAGGCCCCACGGUAAUGGAGCUGGUACAUAUGGUCUCAGCAUCCGCGUCCAAGGUAUAGAUGGACACCCCUACGUAGUUCUCAACAACCAGGACAGGGGUCCUCAAUCCUGUAUCGACCCUAACAGUAAUGGUUACAUUGACACAGAGGGCUCUUUUAUUGAGAACUACGAGGAGUAUGAUUUCAGGGGAGGAAAGGAGGCUGGCUCUAACAGCCCCUUCAUGGAGUACAGGUCUCAGAAGAUGAUGCAUUACACUGGUCCUCAAAAUGGCAUUGCUGAUUCACAAGGAAAGAAGCCAUCCUCCCUUCUGAACUUUCAGAAGCAUCCUGAGAUACUGCAGCCAUAUGAUCCAGACACCAACUCCUUGAACCUUGAUGGUUUCCACAGCCUGCCUUCAAGGUCUGUGCCUCUUGCUGAGACUGAGAACCAGCAGCAACAGAGUUCCUCCUCCAGAUCUGCUGUCCCUGCACCGUCCCACACCAAGUCAUCAAGCCUGGACCAGAAUAAAGCUCCUGUGCAGCGAGAGAAAAGGCAACUUCCAUCCCAGAGCCUGAGUGAGACAGCCCUUCCUCAGCCAAAAUCCCAGCCCCAGUCUUCGCCUCCAGCCCAGAUCGCCCAGCCUCAGACCAGGACACAAUCGCAAGUGGCUCAGCCGCAGUCCAAACCACGUCUCACCAACCCGAAUCCGCCUCAGUCCAAGCCAGGCUCUAAAGCUCAGCAGCAACCAGUGCCUCCAGCCCAGUCUCAGCCCCUCACUGUGUCCAGUCCCAUGAGUGAGCAGAGCAAGACAUCAUGUAGAUCCCCCAGCUCUAUGAGCAGUGCCAACUCCAGCUUGGAGCGCACCCGCCGGGAGCCUGAUGUCCUUCCUCUACGCAGGACUGACUCCAGUGGGCCGGUUCUUCAGUCCUCUUCCCGCUCACGCCACUCCUCCUCAUCUUCCACCUCUAAGACUCUGGUGGAUGAACAGAUGGACGCGCUUUAUGCAGACACCAUUAACCGGCACGAGAACCGCCGCUACAUCCCUUUCCUUCCCGGUUCAGGCAGAGACAUUGACACAGGCUCCAUUCCUGGUGUCGAUGAGCUAAUUGAGAAGUUUGAUGGCAAAGAUGGCAGCCACCAGCGCAGGGGGAGGGCGGGGCGCAGAAACAGGAUCAACCCAGAGGACAGAAAGCGCUCGCGCAGCGUGGAUAGUGCCCUCGGCCUGCGAGAUGGCUCUAGCCACAUGAACGAGUUCAGCCACCAGCGAGGCACAUCAGUGGAGCAUGUCCUGCGGCCCUCACAGCUACGGCUGCAGAAAACAGGCGGCAGUCAGGACUCCUGGCUCUGGGUUGUAGAUGGUAAUGUUGAAUCCAGAACUUCCUCUCGUGCCACUAGCGCUCCUGGCUCCCCCCAGAGCACCAUCUCCAAAGGUGUGGGCUACAUACAGGGUUACAAGAAGCCACAGACUCGUUCCUCUUCAAUACCAUUCAAGAGUAAUGCAAGUGAAGAUGGCGCCUCUUCAGCUGCAAAGGUUUUGACGGCUUCGCUGUCAACAUCACUAUCCAAGCCUUCUUCCAGCGCAGACAAAAAGCCCAGUGCGGAAGCAGAUGUUCAGGCGACACCUGAUCUUCUGAAAGGUCAACAGGAGCUUUCACAACAAACAAAUGAAGAGACAGCUAAACAAAUUUUGUUCAGUUACCUUAAGGAUGGAAGCAACGACAGUGAUGAAACAACAAAGAGAAAGGUCAACCUGGUCUUUGAGAAGAUACAGACAUUGAAGUCCCGGGCCACAGCAAGUUCACAAGGCGACAACAAAUCCCUGGAUUUUGCAGCACAGGCCAAAUCUCUGCAGGAGCAAAAUGCUGAACUGGAGAAAGAAAUGGCCGAACUGAAGAGACAACUUGAGAAAAAUCAGACAGACAAGAGGACAGUAGCAGGUUUGAAGGAGCUGCAGCAGGAGCUGGAGCGGAGUGCAGAGGAGUGCAAGCGCCUGAAGGAAAAACUAUCCAAAACAGAGACUGAGCUCCAGAACACAGUCGAAGAGCUCUUCCAGGUGAAGAUGGAGAGGGAGCAAUACCAGACGGAGAUCAGAGACCUGCAGGACCAGCUGUCAGAGAUGCAUGAUGAGCUCGACUCGGCCAAGAAGUCAGCCGCUGAUGGAGAGAAAGACAUCAUUAUGGCGGACAUGAUGCAACUGAAGCUGGAGAUGCAGGAAGUUCUCCUGGCCAAGGAGGAGCAGGAGGAGUUGCUGAGGAGGCGAGAGAGGGAGCUGACAGCACUGAAAGGAGCCCUGAAGGAGGAAGUGGCCGCUCAUGAUCAGGAGGUGGACAAGAUGAGGGAGCAGUAUGAGAAGGAAAUAAGCAGGCUGCAGACAUCUUUGGAGGAGGCCAAGCAGAGCAGUGCAGCAGUGGUCCGUGAGAAGGCUGAAGUGGAGGCAGCCAAGGGUGCAGUGGAGGGCCAAGCAGGACGGCUGACCCAAGAGGCCGAGCGGCUGCGCAGGCGGGCGCAGGAGCUGGAAAAUGAGGUGGCUAAACUCAACCGCAUCAUCGAUGAAGCCAAGCUCCAGGAGAGCAGGCUGGGGGACAGAGUUGGCCGACUGGAGAGAGAGAAAAAACAGCUGGAAGAAUCUUUGGCUGAAAUUAAGGAGCAAGAGGAGGAGAUGUCACGUGCCAAUCGAGCAUUGACCAUUCGGUUGGAGGAUGUGCAGAGGAACUUGACCAAACUGAGCAGUGAACACAAGGAGUUGGAGGAGAGGUUACAAGAGGAGAGGACUCAGAAGGAGCAGUUCAAGAGCAUGAAGAACGACAUCGAGGAUGAGAGGAGGUUGCUGGACCGCACAGUGGAGAAACUCCAGAGGGAGAUGAAUGAUAUUGUGGAUGUGUCCCAGUCGUCCACCCGGGAGCUGCAGGAGCAGAUUGACAUUUAUAAAGAGAAGAACCGUCGGGAGCUGACAGAGCUGCAGAGGCUCCUAAAGGAGCGAGGACAGGAGCUGGAGAAGCACCUACAGGCCACCAAAACCCUGCAGGAAGAGUUGUCACACAAAGAGGAGGACCUACGGCGGUGCCAGAGGGAGCGAGACGAAGCUGUGCUCAGGGAGAAGACGCUGGAGAAAAGGGUCUAUGAUCUGGAGGUGGAGGCUGAGACAAAGGCCCACACUAAAGAAGACAAAGCUCGACAAAUCAAACUCAUGGAGGAUAGGAUUGCUCAGCUGGAGUUGGACCUGGAUGAGGAGCGUCAGAGUGGAGACCAGCUGAUGGACAGAAUAGACAGAGGAAGAGAGCAGGUGGAGCAGAUGAGGAAUGAACUCCUGCAGGAGAGGGCUAGCAGACAGGACCUGGAGUGUGACAAGAUGGCUCUGGAGAGACAGAACAAAGACCUGAAGAGCCGAGUGUCUCAUCUAGAGGGCUCCCAGAAGUCCAGCAAAGAGGGCCUGGUAGCCCAGCUGGAGGACCGCAUACAGGAGCUGGAGGAGAGGCUGGAGGGGGAGGAAAGGGAGCGUGCCAACCUGCAGCUGGUAAACCGCCGUCUUGAGAGGAAAGUAAAAGAGAUGAUGAUGCAAAGUGAAGAAGAGCAUCACUCAAUGCAGGAUCAAAAGGACCAAUUGAAUCUGCGCCUGAAAGCGUUGAAGCGGCAGAUGGAUGAGGCCGAGGAGGAGAUCGACCGACUGGAGCACAGCAAGAAGAAGCUGCAGAGAGACCUGGAUGAGCAGCAGGAGGCCAACGAGCAGCUCCAGAGCCAGCUCAAAACCCUGAGGAGUGAGAUCAGGCGUAAGAACACCUCUGCCCCGCUGCUCAACAGUCUGCAGGACGAAGAUGACGACGAUGACGACAUCAGCACAGAUGGGGAGACGUACUUCAGCUCAUCAUCGGGCUACAAGCGCUCAUCAAGUCAGGACGACAUCCUGUCCACCUUCACUUUGUAAACCAACCUUGAGGUCGAGGACAAAGCUGCUGCGUACUCAUCACUGUUGGACCAAACGGCUGCUGAUCCGUGCUUUUGAACAAAACUGGAGCUUUGUGUAUACUCUGAGACUUUCAAGCAAAUAUGUGGAACAUCUGAAGUAUUUUUUGUGAAAAUCCACACAUAAUUCACACGUAGUUCUCCGGGAUUUUAAUUCUGGGUACAAUCUCAAUGUCCAUAAAGUCACUCAGUAUUAUUUGAGCAGCUCUGACAUUAGUGGAUGAAAUCAUUAAAGUGUUGAUGUUUUAGUCUGUCCUGCAGAAAUUACAUGUAUAUACUGUUUAAUCCGCUCAUUUUACAUUCCCACAUUUAGUCUUAUGUAAAUCUGUCAGUUCUAUUCUGAGUGGAUUUUCCUUUAUUAACAAAUGGAUUACACGUGCCUGCUAGUGAUUUUAAUAGCACUGUAAACUUGAAAACACACUCGUUAAUGCACUGUAAAACAAUGCAACCAGUACUGCCUUUGUGAACUAUAUAAAGUUUUUAACCCUGCCUUUUUUAUGGCUAAUUAACAUGUUAAAUUUACAUACAGUAUCUUAAUUUUUGUAUCAUUCAGUGAAAUAAAAUAUAUUUACCUUUUUUUUCCUUUUUUUUUAAGAAUGAAGAUCAGAUCUGAAUAUAUGAAGUGAGGAGUGUCAGGAUGUUUUUAUUUUAUUUAUUCAUGGUUGAAUAUCCAAAAUCCUGACUCAGUGAUGGCUUUAGGGAACAGUAAAUGAGGGACUUCGUACACAUCCAUUUUUAUACAGUUAUAUGGUUUAAUGAAAACGCUACCAGCCAUUUGUUGUCAUUUUAUCACACUGGUUACUCCAAAUAUUAGUGACGGUAUUGCUUAUAUAUCUACUGGAAAAGGCUGCCUUAUACAAUCAUGUGGACAUAUCUAAAUUAACUUUCUUUAGUCUUUUCUGUGAUGAUUGAUCUUGAAUAUACAUCUCUAAUCUACGACAGCACUGAACAAAGCCAAACCGUUUCAUCUCUCAAGAUGAUUAUUAUACUGAAAACACUUUAACUUCUGUCUCUGGUGAUUUCUCUCUGAAUGGUGUUGAUACUGAACAUUUUCUUUAACCUCAUACGUGUGUAUUUGCAUUGUGCCAGCUUGUACCUGAGGCCUGUCAAAGGACCUUUAAGGGCCUUUAAUUUUCCAUGAACAGAAUGAGGGAAUUUCUUCACGUGAGAUAAACUGACCAUGUUUUUGCUACACUGUGAUGGCCUGCACUCUCUGUUGGCUCUGCGCUGAAUAAGUCUGAUGCCUGUGGAGGGAGAGUGGAUUGAGACAGAAUCCUGCCACUACCUCUCUGUACACAUUUUUCUGUUCAUAAAUCCUGCUGAGACUAAAAUAAAGUUACUUCCAGUUACU